AUGCCACCCUUCCAGAUGGCAGGUCGCCGGUGGGCUGCGACGUCAGCCUUCUGCAUGUGCGUGGCAGCCGUCUCUCUCCUGCACGCUGGUGGGGUGCGGGCAGACUGCUGGCUCAUCGAGGGGGACAAGGGUUUUGUCUGGCUGGCCAUCUGCAGCCAAAACCAGCCCCCCUACGAGUCCAUCCCCCAGCAAAUCAACAGCACCAUCGUGGACUUGCGGCUGAACGACAACAAGAUCAAGAGCGUGCAGUACGCCUCGCUCAGCCGCUUCGGCAACCUGACAUACCUCAACCUGACGAAGAACGAGAUCUCCUACAUCGAGGACGGUGCCUUUUCAGGACAGUUCAACCUCCAGGUGCUGCAGCUGGGUUACAACCGCCUGAGGAACCUCACCGAGGGCAUCCUCCGGGGCCUGGGGAAGCUGGAGUACCUCUAUCUCCAGGCCAACCUCAUCGAGUCCGUCACCCCCAAUGCCUUCUGGGAGUGUCCCAACAUAGUGAACAUUGACCUGUCCAUGAACAGGAUCCAGAGACUUGACAGCAACACUUUUAGGGGCUUAAACAAGCUCUCUGUCUGUGAACUCUACAGCAACCCCUUCUACUGCUCCUGCGAGCUCCUUGGCUUCCUGCAAUGGCUGGAGGCCUUCACCAACAUGACACGCACGUACGACCGGAUGCAGUGCGACUCCCCACCAGACUACACGGGCUACUACUUGUUAGGUCAAGGCCGGACUGGCUACCGCAAUGCUCUGAGCAUGCUCUCUUCCCUUUGCACCGGUGGUUCCUACACUGUGAUCCCUCGUUUUAUCCCUCCCCGCUACCAAGUGACCACAGUGCCCUCCGAAAGCCCGUGCUCCGAGGAGGAGUGCUCCUCUGGUGAUGGCACCACCCCACAGUUCUCCCUCUUCACGCCCAUUGGUGAGACAGAGGUGCGGCCAAACAUCCAGGUGAAGCACCUCAACCACAACUCGGCCGUCCUCACCGUGCAGAUCCCCUACCCCUUCAGCAAGAUGUAUAUCCUCUCCCAGUUUGAAAACGGCUUCUCCUCCAUGAUCACCAAGCUCAGGAAGAAGGAGGAGAACAUCACCGUGAGCAACCUAGUAGCACAAAGAGAUUACACCUACUGUGUGGUCUCCGUCCACCAGUACUCCAAGUACAACCACACCUGCGUCACCAUCACGCCCACCAGACCCAACCGCAAGGAGCCGGUGCCCACUCCUUCCACUGCCACUCAUUACAUCAUGACAAUCCUGGGCUGUCUCUUUGGCAUGGUGAUUGUCCUGGGCGUUGUCUAUUACUGUCUCCGAAAGAGACGCCAGCAGGAGGAGAAGCACAAAAAGGCUGCCAGCGGCAUGAAGAAGACCAUUAUUGAGCUGAAGUACGGGCCAGAAAUGGAGACCACCAGCAUCACCCAGCUGUCCCAGGGACAGAUGCUGGGUGGGGAGACUGUGACCCGCAUCCCCUACCUGCCUUCUGCUGGUGAGGUCGAGCAGUACAAGCUCAUUGACAGCAGUGAGACCCCCAAGGCCACCAAGGGCAACUACAUGGAGGUGAGGACGGGGGAGCAGCCUGAGAGGAGAGAUUGCGAGCUGUCCCUGGCACCAGACACCCAGAGCUCCGUGGCUGAGAUCUCCACCAUUGCCAAGGAGGUGGACAAGGUGAACCAGAUAAUCAACAAUUGCAUCGAUGCCUUGAAAUCUGAGUCCACCUCCUUCCAAGGGGUGAAAUCGGGGGCAGUCUCCACAGUGGAGCCUCAGCUGGUGCUUUUAUCAGAGCAGAUCCCCAGCAAGCACGGAUUCCUCUCCCCUGUCUACAAGGAAAGCUACAACCACCCCCUCCAGCGACACCACAGCAUGGAGGCAGCCCCCAAACGCUCCAGCACUUCUUCCAGUGGCUCCAUACGGAGCCCCAGGUCCUACCGCUCCGAGGGAUCGGGCCACAAAUCAGAAGCCAAAUACAUCGAGAAGACGUCCCCCACCACCGACACCAUCCUCACUGUGACACCGGCCGCGGCCAUCCUGCGGGCAGAGGCGGAGAAGAUCCGGCAGUACAGCGAACACCGGCACUCGUACCCUGGCUCGCACCAAGGGGAGCAGCACGACAGCAUGGCGGGGCGAAAGCCUUCCAUCCUGGAGCCUCUGACCCGGCCUCGUCCCAGAGACCUGGCCUAUUCCCAGCUCUCGCCGCAAUACCACAACCUGAGCUACACCUCCAGCCCAGAGUACACCUGCAAACCAUCGCACAGCAUCUGGGAACGCUUCAAACUCAACCGCAAGCGGCACAAAGACGAGGAGGAAUAUAUGGCAGCCGGCCAUGCCCUGCGCAAAAAGGUCCAGUUUGCCAAAGACGAGGAUCUUCACGACAUCUUAGACUACUGGAAGGGCGUCUCCGCCCAGCAAAAGUCCUGA